AUGACAAUGGAAGGCAGCUGUCUCUGCGGCAAUGUGAAGUUCUCUUUAGACGUUACGCCGGAUGCGGCCAAUCUAACAUCAGUGUGCCACUGCCGGCCCUGCCGCAAGAUCAGCGGGAGUACGACGUCGCUGAAUCUGACGGUGCCGACCAAAGCGUUCACCUUGACCAGCGGCAACCUGAAGACGAUCAAGACGAAGCACAUGGACGAGGGAUUCGAGUUCUCGCUGUCCUUCUGUCCUGCUUGCGGCAGCCCAAUCUACGCGGUGCCUCACUUCAUGCCAGAGCUAGACAUCGUAGUCGUGCAAGCGGGUACGCUGGACGAGGUGGCGCCGCUGCUGAAGACGCCGGCCACUGAGCUCAAUGUCGCGCAUCGGCUGCCGUGGCAGACGCAGAUCGGUGGUGCGGCGCAGAAGGAGAAGUAUUGA